AUGUUAAGUUGGAGCGAGGUAAUAGAACAAAGGAAAGAAAGAGAAAAGGAGGAGAGAGAAAAAAGUGAGAAGAAGAAGAAGAAGAAGAAGAAGAAGAAGAAGAAGAAGAAGAAGAAGAAGAAGAAGAAGAAGAAGAAGAAGAAGAACAAGAAAACAGAGGAAAACGAGAUUGAGAAGCCUAGCACCAACUGGGUCCACGUCCACCGCAGCCAAUUGAUCCAAGAAGCUCUACUCGCCUAUAAUCUUCCGUGGGACUGGGACGAGAAGUACUUGCAUUUUGAUAUUACAUGGAUUGAUUUUGGGGAGGGCCGGAGGGAAGUUAAGAGGUUCGAGAAUUUACGAGGUUAA